AAUAGAAAUUAAUCAGAUAUAUUGAUAAUGGAUUAAAACGUAGAAGAAAAGUUUUAGAGGUUGAUUGCACCUGUUUACAAGAUUUACCAACAUGAUGACAACUGAAAAAUCAUUAAAUUGUGAUCCGUGUGACUAUAAGCACGAAACAAAGACAGCAGUAAAAUGGUGUUCAGAGUGUUCAGAGGCUUUGUGUUUGACAUGUUUUGAAGCGCAUAGAAUUUUAAAGGUCUCAAGAAAUCACAACGUCAUUUCAAUAGAAGACAUUGAUGCUCUGAAAGGAAUUAUGUUGGACAUAUCAGAAGUUCAAAGAUGUGAGAAGCAUGACAGACCUUCGGAAUAUUUUUGUCCUUUACAUGACGAAGUGGUUUGUAUUAAAUGCAUUCAGACAAAACAUAGUCAGUGCACUGGUUGGUUGCCAAUCUCAGAAGCAGCAGACGGGGUUAAAUCAUCGGUAACAAAAGAGGCAUUAAGUCAAGAUCUUGAGGACGUAAUUAGAAAUUUUCAAGAGUUAAUUGAUAACCAUAAAAAAGAACAGAUAGCGAAUCAUAACGCUUGCAAAUUUUUUAGAGGUAAAGGUUCAAACGUUGUUCAGAGAAUUAUUGAGAAAGUUAAAGACCUUGAAGCAGAAUUUGUCAAUACGGUUGAAGAACAGGAGAAAGAUAUUUCUGGCAAAAUAGGCUGCCGAAUUAUGGAAUUUCAAGAUAGACUGAAAAAAAUUAAAGAUUUAAGAGACAAACUAAAUGGUAUAGAAGGUUAUGCGUCGGAUACUCAGAUCUUUAUGAGCAUCCGUAAGGUUUCUGAAGAAUUAAGCGAUCAUACCGAAGGAGUAAAAUCUUUGACUGAGGAGCCUAUUACUAUUUUGAAAGAUUUCCAGUUAGCAGCUCCAUUUCAGACUUUUCUAUCGGAAGUGAAAUUGCUUGGCCAUGUUCAAAAGGACAAAAAACUUAUAGAAUUUCAACCAACAAAACUUCAAAUAGUUCAAUCUCCUGUUUCUGUUUCUGUCUCAAAACCAAUAGACAACAUAGAAAUACAGAAUAUAGUAAAGAUUAAUGUUUCUAAGUCGCAAAACAGCUCGACACUUUGGAGCGCAGUUGUAUUAACAAAUGGACAGUUGAUUUUCAAAUGGAUUGCAGGUAAAGAUAUUGUCAUAUACAACGUAGAUGGAACGUUUGCGAGAUACCAACCUGUAAAUGACAACGUGAAAUAUAUGGCAAUCGUAGACUCAGAAAGACUAGCGUUCUCCUUUGAAAAAAGCAAUGAGGUUGGUAUUUUCAACGUGCAAACACUACAAACGGAAAAGAGAAUCGUUUUUAAGGAAAAUUGCUACGGACUAGAAUAUGAUGGUAAGAAUUUAUACGCAGCUGGAACGACAACGAUACAAUGCGUUGAAAUGAAAAAUGAACCAGUGCAUUUGUCCUCAAUUCCAAUGAAAACGAACCCUGUAAAUUUUCUUUCUGUCCAUGAAGAUAGACUGUAUUAUACUAACUACAAAAAUCAUACCGUUUACUGCUCAAAUAAAAACGGAGAUGAAAUAUGGUCUUUUAAAAAUGAAAUAAUGAAGUUUCCCAUUGGCGUUACAACAGACCAGCAUGGGAAUACAUACGUUUCAUGUACAUAUUCAAACAACGUUCUUGUGAUUUCAGCUGACGGAAAAAACUAUAAAGAACUACUGAAUGCGUCUGACGGACUUGUAAAUCCAAGAGCCAUAUUUUACGACAUAAGGAAUAAUCGACUACUUGUAUGUAAUAUUGUUAACGGACAAGCACUUUUGUGCACAAUGAAAUAAACAUUUUUUUUUAAAUUUGCUUUUUCAAUUAUUGUGCUGAAAUAUUUGCAAGUGAAUGUUUAAAGACAAUUAAUCAAUCUCUAUCGCAAAGGUUUACUACUGUCUAUUAGCGAUUGUUUAAUUGAAGAUGAACACACUCAUGUGAAAUGUGGGAACAUGGCACAUUUACUUUCUUUCUUUUUUAAAUGCUCCGUUUAGGGGCAUUGUGUUUUUCAAUCUGAGUGUUCAUUCGUCCAUCCGUUUGUCCUACCAUUCGUCUGUCCUGCUCGAGGUUUUAACUUUUUAUAGUCAAGUUAGUUUUUGAUGAAGUUGAAGACCAAAUCAACUUGAAGCCUAGUACACAUGUUCCCUAUGAUAUGAUCAUUUUAAUUUUAAUGCCUAAUUAGAUUUGUGACCAAUUUCACGGUCCACUGAACAUAAAAAUAAUAGUGCAAGUUUAAAGUUUAAGAUCUUUGUCAAGGUAGUUUUUGAUGAAGUUGAAAUCCAAUAAACUUGAAACUUAAUACACAUGUUUCCUAUGACAUGAUAUUUCUAAUUUGAAUGCAAAAUUAGAUGUUUACCCCAAUUUUACGGUCCACUGUACAUAAAAUAUGAUCUUGCAAGUGGGGCAUCCAGUACUGUGGACACAUUUUUGUUUGAUAUAUAUUAGGUAGGAUAUUUCGAAAUGGUUUUUGCUUUAAUAAAGUUUUAUAUAGGACCGUAAUUGCUAACUUUCGUAUGUGCUUCCGUACUCUGUAUUUGAGAAACAUUAAAAAAAACACCAUAUAGUUCACAAACUAUAGUGGUGGCUUCGCUUAUCUUGCCUGUAUUAUAGCUAUGCAUUUAUUUGAAAUACGUUUAUCAUAUUGAG